AUGGUGAAGGAAGUCAGCGGCAGCACAAUCAAUGACGCUCCGAGCUUCCAUUCGGAUCGCGGCAGCAGGAAGAGGCAGUACAAGGGGGUGAGGAUGAGGAGCUGGGGGACCUGGGUCUCCGAGAUAAGGGCCCCGAACCAGAGGACGAGGAUAUGGCUAGGCUCCUACUCCACUGCUGAGGCAGCGGCAAGAGCUUACGACGCUGCUCUUCUCUGCCUCAAGGGCUCCUCCGCCAACCUCAACUUCCCUUCUACCACCGCUCAUCACCACCACAGCGCCGCUGUUAUGUCCCCAAAGUCCAUUCAGAGGGUGGCCGCCGCCGCCGCCGCCGCCGCCGUCGCCGCUACCCCAUAUUCGUCAUCUUCUCCAGACUUAUUUCCAGCGCCGCGGCCGUCUUCACCUCCGUCGACGUCUUCUUCGGAGACGGUCACUGCCUGUGUUGAAGAGCUUAUAUUGAACGAGAGCAGAUUGGAAGGUUCCCUGACAGAUUUCGGUGGACUUCCAUCGUCUCCAAAAUACGGAGAUCCCAUGCUGAGUGGAUGGAAUGAUUUUAGCCCUCGCAUUGACGAGUGGGACGAAGAAGGUGGCAUCAACUUGUGGAACUUCUAUUGA